AGGACGUUGUUCUAUAAUAGUUCAUGUUGCAGGGGUUAGUCAGGGUAUCAGGCCAGAUUUUAAGAUACAACAAGAUUUUCUACACUGAUUCACCUGCAUGGAGGUGAUGCUGACUGCUGGUGUUGGACAGAAAAUUUAGUCAUAUCUUCCAGAGUAUUUAUCUGCAUUUGUAUUGUAUGGCACAGCUACGAGGCAGGAGAGAAUAAUUUGGGUGGAGUGGGGCACAUUACCCAGGAAUGAAUCACCCCAGCUGUGUGUGAGUUAAACAGUAUGUGUCUACUCUUUAAGAGGAGGCUCCCCCCUCAGUCUGACAACAGUCUCAUCUGGGACCAAGCUGGGGACACAGACCUGAUCCCUCCUCAGCUGGUGAACGUGAACUUUAAGCUUCAGCUAUGGCCCGUCUGGAUCAGGUCAUCACAAACAUUGUGGAUAUAUUUCUGGAGUAUGCUGAUGAUGAAGGCAGGAAACGCCAGUUAAGCAAGGAGGAGUUAAAGAAGGUGUUGGAGCAAGAAGUACAAAGCCCUGAGUUAAAAGGUAAAAUUAAUGCAGAUGAUAUUGAGGAAGCCAUGGAGAUGCUGGAUAAAAACCACGAUGGUGAGGUCAACUUCCGAGAGUUUUGUCGAUGUGUGUGUGACCUGGCCAAAUGCUACUACCACAAGAAGAUAGGCAAGGGAGGCAAGAAAUGCAAGGGCAAAGAACAAGAAGUUGAACAAGAGGACUAAAGAUUCAUUUCAAACCCUAAAAAUGAUUGUAGCACCAUAACAUAUUAAAUAUUUUAUACAUAUGGCAAAUACACAACGUAGAUGUUAUAUGUGACACUGCCUACUUUGAAAAAAGAUGCUGCUGUUAUCAAGUCAUUUGCACAUCUAUCAUGAAGCUCAAGCCUGUUUCUUGUGUCAUAGACGUGUGCGCAAACUGUAAUAUUCAUUGUCUUUGUCUGUCCAUAGCCUGGUUUUCAAUGAAGUUUCCAUUCAAUACUGACCUAAAAUGAAU